UGGGGAUCAUCGUAUCUGUCAUCCAGGAGCCGAACCUGGACCCGGACGCCCGGACCGUGAUGGGAUUACUGACGCCGGUGAGCUUCCCGCAGCCUGCAGGUCAACGAAGAGAUAAAGGGAGAAAGGAAAUCAAGCAGUCGUGACCUCAGGAAGUCAAGUUGCGCGGAAUUGGAAUCCCAAAUUGUUUGGCCGCUCGUUAUCCGGAAAGAUCCAUCAGGCGCCGCAGCGACGGGAAAAAGGAUUCGCACCGGCCUCGGGAAGGAUUCAAACUCCUGGCCGGCCGGGGGGGGAGAAGUUUCCGAGUCGACGUCUGUCAUCGCGACCAUGCGGGACCUGAAGAAGAAGAACAAGCUGGUGGAGGCGGCGGGAGACGCCUACGGGAAGAACUUGGUGCUGCUGCCGCUGGACGUGUGCAGCGACGAAUCGGUCAAGCAGUGCGUGAACAGCGUCGGCGACCGCCAUAUCGAUAUCUUGAUCAACAACGCAGGCGUGGGCCUGCUGGGCCCCGUGGAGAGCAUCAGCAUCGACGAGAUGAAGCGAGUGUUCGAGACCAACUUCUUCGGCGUGGUGCGGAUGAUCAAAGAGGUGAUGCCCGACAUGAAGAAGAGGCGCUCCGGGCACAUCGUGGUCAUGAGCAGCGUGAUGGGCCUUCAGGGAGUCGUCUUCAACGACGUUUACACGGCUUCCAAGUUCGCCAUGGAGGGAUUUUGCGAGAGCAUGGCCGUGCAGCUGAUGAAGUUCAACGUCAGGUUGUCGAUGAUCGAGCCCGGCCCGGUGCACACGGAGUUCGAGACGAAGAUGAUGGAGGACGUGGCCAAGAUGGAGUACCCCGGCGCGGACGCCGACACGGUCCGUUACUUCAAAGACGUCUACCUGCCGUCGUCGACGGACAUCUUCGAGGCCAUGGGGCAGACGCCAGAGGACAUCGCCAAAUGCACUAAGAAAGUGAUCGAGUCGAGCAGCCCCCGCUUCAGGAAUCUGACCAACAGCUUGUACACCCCCGUCGUGGCGCUGAAGUACGCCGACGAGACCGGCGGCCUGUCCGUCAACACCUUUUACAACCUGCUUUUUAAUUUCGGACCGCUUAUGCACAUCACCAUGAGCAUCCUCAAGUGCCUGACGUGCAGCUGCCUGCGCCGACGCACCCUUUCGCCAAACUGAGAACCUUGCCCCCCCCCCGAUCCGAAAGUGCGCGGUACACGAACAGAUGCGUACAGCGUAUUAUUUUAUUGAAAAAUGAAAGAGUCGGUCGGGCCUUUGAUCGUCGCCGCGAGCUGAGAUGAACUUUAGGAAACGCACAAAUUCCCCCAAACACUCUACGGGAAGGUGAACUCGGUUGCCGAGAGGGGCGAAGUAGUUUUAAUUGUAAUUCAAAAAUAAUAAUAAUAAUAAAAAGAUGCAAUAACGGUGGCGCAGACCUCACAGUUCUGAGGUCCCGGGUUCGAUUCUGGACCAGUCUGUGUCAAGUUUGCAUGUUCUCCCCCGUGCCUGCGUGGCUUUUCUCCGAGUGGGGGACUCCGGGUUUCCUCCCACAUCCCCAAAAACAUGCAACAUUAAUUGGACACACUAAAUUGCCCGUAGGUGUGAUCGUGAGUGCGGCUGUUUGUCUCUACGUGCCCUGCGAUUGGCUGGCGACCAGUUCAGGGUGUACCCCGGCCUCCCGCCCUGUUGACAGCUGGGAUAGGCUCCGGCGCUCCCCGCGACCCUCGUGAGGAUAAGCGGUGAAGAAAAUGGAUGGAUCUAAUAAUGCUAACGCUUAGCCUAGCAGAGGUAAAAUGCAUCAGGAAGAAGAACUCUUAUCACGUGGCGCCCUCUAAUGUCACGUUUGUCAUAACUGCUGUGGAAUCAUAAUUUUGAUGAAUUUUAAUCUUGUUGCUUUUCAUAGUGAUUUUUCCAAUCAAAUUCAAAUCUGAUUCCCAUUUACUUUUGAGAGGAAGUCUCAUGUUUUUUUGAUUUUGCCCACGUGACAUUUAGCCUCGCUGUGAUGCUCCUCUCUGAGCGACAGAUGGCGACAUUUCCCAGGAAAAUCGCCAAGGAUCGUUUGUGAGCGGACAGAUUUCAUUCGCAACUCCUGCAAUGAGACCAAUAAGAAGUCAUGUCCGAUAAAUUGUAUCAUUAUGAUUUUUUUUUUUUUUGGUGCCCUUCAGGGCACACAAGGACACCGUACAAUGCUAACAAAGACUACAGGAAUAAUAAUAAUAAUACUUUCAAAGCUAUCAUGCGAUUAAUGUUCAAUUAAAGUGAUGAGUAACUGUUAGACAAAAGUUGCGUGUAUAUAAAAUGCAAUAAACUGGAAUGUGUGCAUAAAACCAGGUGAGUGCAAAUAAUUUUGUAAUUAGUGAAUUUAUCUCCAUUGCAUUUGCUGUUAUUAUUAUUAUGAUAUUAAAUAGCAGUCCUGAUUUCAGAACUCUUAAGUUUGACUUUCCAAACUUAACUAAGUUGUGAAUUCAGUUUAACGAUGACUUGCAUAAACAAUUGUGACGGGUGGAUGGUGUCGAGUAA